GCGUCGUCUUCGCUCUAUUUUCUCUGCAGCCGAGGUCCGUCGGAACACCUGUUCGAAUGGCGAAUCAAGUUAACAAAGGUUUUACUCCGGAGAUACAAGGAACGGAGUUAAAAUCUACUGUCGUUUCUGUUCCGGGUCAUAAUUUUCAGGAGAAAACUCCAAUGAAAAAUGGUUCGAACAAUAAUCUGCUAAAGUUAGCAGUGGUUCUUCUAGUUAUUUUGGUGACAGCAGUUGUUGUUGUCGGUGUGUAUUAUGCUAAAGAAGUUCGAGAUAACGACGACAACGACACGACAUCAAUACCAACGUGUUUGGACGAUAAUUGCGUUAGAAGCGCUGCAGGUAAAACUGAGGACAAAAUUAUCUCAUUCGAUUCAAACUUUUUUUAUCUAAAAUUGGUCAAGGUCAUUAGAAGUCAGUCUAUUAUUUUUUAUGCUUAAUUGGAGUAUACAUAUAGUUUUACUUACAGUAUCUGGGAGUCACCUGAAGAUUUUAACCAACGAGUAGCAAUAAUUUUUAGGAAGGCCUAUACCCAAAUUUAUUCUUAUCUUCAGUAUUAAUCACUAUCUAGUCUGAAGCAUUGCAUUUAUAUUCGAUAACCAUGUAUAUAUAAACACCUGUAUUCUAACUCAAUUUUGCAAACAAAUUUGGUUUAAUUGAACAAUUCCUGGAAGAAUCAUUAAAGAAAUAGGAUUACAAUCAGUGUCUAUUUACCCAAGAAAUAACGUUCUGUUCAAAACAAAAUGGGAGAGUGAUAAUCUCAUUAGAUCCUUCGAGAAGUUGAUUUUAAUUAAAGUCUCUAACCACCCAUUGCGAUGUAUUGUAUCGAAAAAAUUGGUUUGAAUUCAAGAUUUUGAAUUCAGUUGAAAUUAUAACUAGUUUUUGUAAUUUUCUUAUGUUUCAAUGUUUGGUGAAUGUUUGUUCCUCAGAUUUUGUACAGUUUUUGGAAAGAUUUCAUUUCAUAUCUGUGAGCAUGAAAUAUUAAUUGAAUGUUAAUAUUCAUUGUUGCAUAAAAUUAUUAUGCAGGUAUCCAGUUGAUGUGGGAAGAUUACGUGCAUGUAUGUGGUGAUAGUUUGUGUUAAUAAAAAUAGACUUCGACUUUGUGUUGAAAAUCUUCCUCUUUGCGUAAAUUAAGCUGGUUUCUGACGAUACCCCGUUUCCCAGAUUACAAUUUCAGCGUCAUUAUUAUCUGAUCAACGACAAAUUUAUUAUUUAUGGGCAGGAAAAUUACUAAAUAUUUACUUAAAACAAUAAAUAAAAAAUACAGAAAUAGUUACAAGUAUUUUGGGGAUUUCAAAAGCGACAAAAUGCUUUAUACCGAGCAGGUUGAGCGAAUUGCCCGACUUUUUAAGAAGAAUCUACCUGACUAAACACUUACUGGGGGGUUGUGUUCUCUCCCUCCUCCCCCCCCCCCAGCUUCCUGUCUCGUACCCCUAGGCCUAAUGGUCAGUUUCACUAGCAUAGGCCAUGAUUUCCAUUCGGUCGUGACAGGAUUGUACAUGGCUGACGAUACAAUCUGUUCUUCUAUCAUUUCCAGUGAUACUGGGCUCCAUGAACAGGUCUGCGGAUCCAUGUGAAGAUUUCCAUUCCUUCGCGUGCGGUGGCUGGCAAGCGAAAACCUUCAUACCUACAACUGUGACUGAAGUUCAUAUAUUGUGGAGUAUCAAUAAUGCAAACAAACAGUUCAUGAGAAACCUUUUGGCUGAUCCUGCUACGAAGACAAAGUAUUCAUCGGUAUAUUAUUUGCUCUAAUAAACUAUUAAUAAAAAGGCUUGUUAUACCUUUGACCAAAAUGAGUUAAAUCCUUAUCAGGUGCCUGCUCGUAUAUCCAGACUUUCCAGAUAGCACAUGCAGUCAGGUUAAUUUAAUGGUUCAUUGAUAUCUGUUCAAAAGCCGUGUUUUAUAACUUGGCCUGUCCUGAGCCUUGCUUUACAUGCCUUUGGCUUGUACAUUUGAAAAAACCUACACCUAACCUAACUCUAACCUAGGCCAGAAAGUCUGGGCCCACAGUGACCGUUGUCCCUAGGCCUGGCCUAGAGAGAGGUAACAUAAAAUUGGGGAAGCGUGGGGAGGCGAAUCCUGCCCAGAGGUGUGUUUUACUGGGCUCUAUUACACAGCAGAUGUAAAAAUAUUGAGAAACCACUUUCAGUUUUUAAUUGUGUUUAACUUUAGUCUUAGAUGUGGGGUCUACUGUAUAUAGGUAAAGUUGUACUUUGCAAAAAGGUUGUGUUAUGUGGAAAAUCCCACGUGAAUCCGUUACAAAUAAGUAAUCUCUUUCAAGUAGUUCAGAUACAAACCACUGACAUUGUAUCCGAAUUUAGUCUAUUCUAUCUUCGGUCGAUAAAAAGUAAAACUGGUAACGUUUGAAAAAUUACACCAUUUCCUUACAGAAUCGAGCAGUGAUGAAAACAAUUAAUUACUACCAGACAUGUUUAUCAAAAGCAACAAUCAAUACCCAAGGAGACAAAUAUUUGAAAGAAGUCAUUGCAACCCUUGGAGGAUCUAAUCUUACAAGUCCAAACUGGAAUUCUUCUGAAUAUGAUGUUCAGAAAGCAAUGCUCACCGCCUUCACACAACUUGGUGUUCAGCCUUUUUUCUCUCUUAAUGUGUUUCCUGAUUUUGCUAACUCGUCCAGAAGACGUAUCGCGGUAUGUGUACGACUUGAGCCUCCCUAAUACGGCCACUUGAAGGGGCAGUGCAAAGGCUUCGUAGAGCUGGUUUUCAAAUCUAACAAAUCUUUUAAAGUGUAGAUGACAACCUUGUACAUGUGACAGCACAGGAAGCUGUUCAUGAGCGAUUCUUGGGCAACGAAGAUUUUGAGAACUUUUCAUCAUGUAAAAGAUAAUAAACUUCUUUUCACUUUGACUAGAUUACCGACGGUGGCAUUGUGCUUGCAAGCACUUAUUACGUUGAGAAAAAUUCCACACAAGAUUUUUAUGAAAAGGUAAAUCUUAAUUUCACAGAUUUGACUUUGCUCUAUUAUUUGCUUCCUAAGAGAUUUAUUGAAGGUUCAUUGCAUGGUCUAGUACGUGUUACUGUACGGUAUUUAAACUAACGAAAUUGUUCAAGGAUUAUUCAAAAUCAAACUUUGGUAAAUCCAUGUGUAAUGGAUAGGUCUGACACUUUUAUUAAACUGUUCUUGGCCAUAGGCGUACGGGCACGAAGGAAAAAAUUAGGGGGGCGGCCUAAAAUUUACAUUUCCCAAAAUUCCUGUCGACGUUGGGGGGGGGGGGGGGUGAGAAAAGACAAACAUUUUUGAAAGCUAUAAUAAGUCAAUACCACACUUUGUACGCCUAUAUAUGUGUUCUCCCUACAGUUUCUGCGAAGUUCAUCCUUCAUUGGUCCUAUGUGUGUCGUUAGGAUGGCACAUGCAAUAACUACUUCAUGUUCCACCAACCAAUCUAACAUCAACACCAAUCUUACUGUUUCGUAUGAUAUUUCUAGACUCGUUCAUCGUAUAGACAAUAUAUGAUCGAUGUAAUGGUGUUGUUUGGUGCUGAUCAGAAGAAAGCUGAGGAACAAAUGGAACAAGUUUACUUAUUGGAAGAAAAAAUUGCGACGGUAUGAUACAAACUCAUUGAAUUGGAGACACGAAAGACUCGAAAGGGUUAUUCAAGAUGGGCUUCAACUAGUAACGUCGAAAAGAGAUCAGGAUUAAGGGUUCCAGGAAUUUUCAGAUUUAUUCUUCCAGGCGUAAAUCCGUCAGAUGUCUUCUUAAGUCCUGUUCAAACCAUCAACAAAUAUAUGGAGCCGGGGGCGUGUUGAAACGGCUGUAUAAUUUUAUUUCUUAUUUCGGUUUUCUAUUAUUCGUUUAAGGUUUUUAGGGAGAAUACAGGAUUUCCACAAUCAUCGACUAUUAGUCAACUUUCCGACUAUACAAAGGUGAGUUGAAGUUGUAACCUACCCCAGUACCCCUAUCAAUCCCCACCCCACCCUCCAGGCCCUGUUGCACCAGGGGUGGAUCACUGAAUCACACACAAGAUAUUAUCGUAGAUCUUAACCUCCAUAUAGUAAGUGUUGGAUAUCAUGUUUUCGUUCUAGUUUGACUGGUACUCGUUUUUAACGGUAAUAACAGCAAACCAAAAUUAUAAUUUGUCAAAAGAUGAGGUUGUUUUGGUCAGAACUAAAGACGUGAUGAGAGGAGUCGCAGCUUUAAUAAAUGGCACCGAUAAGGCGUAAGUUUGCUGAACUUCUACCUGGAUAUGUUCAUGCGAGGAUAAAAGCGCUGACUAAACGGAAAAGAAGCAUGAAUUAAAAGGAAGGGAAGAAAAAAGCAGGGAAGGAUGGUGAAGGAAAGGGGAAAAGGAAGAUGAAAAGAAAAAUGAGAGGUUGUAAUUAAGAAAGGAAAGAUUGAUGAAGGUGUGGAUAGAAGCGAGAAUGAAACGAAGGAAAGAAAGAAGGAGUGGACAGAUGAAAGGAACAAUAAAAAGAUAAAGCAAGGAAGAAAGGAUAUAUGCAUAGACAGAAGAAAGAAAAGGAACAAGAAAGAAAGGAAGUAGGGAUGAGAGGAGUUAGGAAUAAUGAAGGGAAGAGUAAAUGUAAGACGUAUGUACGAAUGGGUAGAAAGAGGAAGGAAGGAAGGAAGGAAGGAAGGAAGGAAGGAAGGAACGAGAGAGAGAGAGAGCGAAAGAGGGAGGGUGGGAAGGAGAAGGGAGGGAAGUGAAAACAAGAGAAGAGUGGAAGAAUCAGAAGAACUAAAUAACAAACGAAGGAACGAAUGAAGCAAUAAAAGGUAAUCAUUCUCUUCAAACGUAGUCGUUAUUUAAUUGAACUGUAUAUUGAGCCAAAAUGUAUUUUUUAUGCAGAAUUAUAUCAAAUUACAUUGCAUGGGUAGCAAUCGAGGAUGUGAUCCAACAUUUACCAGAUGAUUACGUAGACGCACGUUUGGCUUACAAAAAACGUAUUCAUGGCCAAACAUACGAAGACAAGGAGCGCUGGGAUUUCUGUUACGAAGCUGCGAAGACAGCGUUUCCAAUGUCGAUUGGACUCAUGUUUGUUGACGAGAAAUUGGACCCCGGGGCGAAAACAAGGGUAGGAAAUUGCAAGUUAAAUAAAUUCGAAAGUUUUAUCUUUUUGUCACGUAUGUUUAGGUUUUUAAACCUAAUCUUACUAAUUAAUCUUAACCCUUAAGUCUUAACUGUACAUAUGCACAGCAAAUUAGUUAUUUGAUUUGCUUCAGAUUAACUAGUCAGCCUCUGCAUGAUUUGUGAACUAUAAAAUAUUGAUAUAAUGCCAAAGAAAAUGAUAAUGAAUGGAAAUAACAAAAGAGAACAAAUUACAAAGUAUGUGUGGGAGGAGCGUCGAUUACUAUACCUAUUAACUCACUUGCUAUACCUUGUCCUGGUGUAAUAUGAUUGCUACAUCAGAAAAUAACAACCUGUAUAUUCACUAUUCUUUUAUAUUAUUAGGCUAAAGAAAUAUUUGAAGAAAUCAUAAGUGAGUUUGUGUCAGAGCUGGAUGAUCAAACUUGGAUGGAUGACGCUACGAGAGCGAAAGCAAAAGAAAAGGUAAAAUUAUGUAGAUAACGAAAAAUGUGAUCUUUCUUUCUUUCCUUCCUUCCUUCCUUCCUUCCUUCCUUCCUUCCUUCCUUCCUUCCUUCCUUCCUUCCUUCCUUCCUUCCUUUCUUUCUCUCUUUCUUUUCUUUCUUUCUUUCAUCUACAUUCAUCCUGCUAUUCAUCCAUCCUUCCUUGAACUUAAUACUGUUUUUUUUUCUUUAAAUAUGUGUUUUUGUAUUUCCCUAUCCCUAGCUUUUGUAUCAAUUAAUUCAUGUAUAUUGUACUUCGUAUUUUUGCAGGCUGAGGCAUCGCUGAGUUUGGUGGGAUAUCCAGAUUUUAUCAAAGAUGAAGAAAUGUUGAAUGCAGAAUACGAGACAGUUAGUAAUUUUUAUAUUCAAAGCGACGCGACCUAAGGUUACCUGUACCAUGCACCUGUACCAUGCAGUUCUAUAAUAUUACCAUGCAAUUCUAUAAUUAUUUCGCUUCAUUCGCAUAUGCGAUGAGUUUUUACGGCAUAUUUGAUAUUUUGACCGCGGGUACUCUAAUUUCCUCCUGCAGUAACACUCAUGCAGUAUUAAAGUCUGGUCCCUACUGGACCUCUAGGAAUAACAUUUUAGAAAACAUUGUACCAGUAUGGGAUUGCGCUAGUACUAAAUAUCUAGGAAGAACAACUCUGAAGAACUGAUGGAACUAUCCGGUAUAAAUAAAGUUGAUUUAUAGUAGUUUAUAUUUAUUUAGAAAAAAAAUACAACAUUCACUGUUUCUUUUCAGAUUCAAGUAAACCGAAGCGAAUAUCUUAAAACAGUUUUCUCAAUAAAGAAGAUUGGGUUUCUGACACUAAUCGCAGAUUACAAGAAACCUGUGGAUAAGAAUCAGUAUGGUUCAAUAAUUUUGUUUUUAAUUUUGAUCAUGAAGCCUUGAUUUACAUCUCAAUUAGGAAAUGCACACACAACUGUUCCAUUCAAGAUCGCGCCGCCCUCAAAUAAGCCCGCAUCAAAUGUAUAAAACUUAAAGAGUGCGCUUAAAAUGAAGACAAAAACUUUCUUGGACUCCAGACAUGUAUUUCUUCUGAAUUCUCUUUUGAGUUUUAUAACUAUAAUUUCUAGAAUCAGACAGUCACCAGCGGAUGUCAAUGCAUUCCACUAUAGUUCGGAGAACAAAAACAGUAAGUAAGGAUUAAUUUAGCCGCUCGCAGCCUGAAAUUUAGAAGGGGAAAAUUUUCCCCUUCUAAAUUUCAGGCUGCGAGCAGGCUAGGAUUAAUUAUGUUUUUGGCAAUACGAUUAAAUCGCCGCGAGAAAAUUGUGCCAGUGGCUGGAUUGGUUCCUACAUUUUCGCGGCGAAUCGUUUUGCUAUAGCCAAUCACAUUGUUGAAAUGUAUUUUUCGCUUGGUGCAAACAAAUUUGCCCAGCAAUGUUGGUCAACUGCCAGUUAUAUUAAAAUGGUAAAAUAAUUUAUUUAUUCUUCUUUUUCAUUAGUAUUUCUGGCGGGAAUUCUGCGCGCACCAUUCUACGACGAUGGAAAUCUCAGGUAUUUAUUGUUAACUUGGGGAAAUCUGCCCUCUCAGAUUUACAAGCUUUUAAAAUGCGAUAAAUUUUAUUUUAUAGAGCGUCAAAUUAUGGCGGAUUCGGAAUGAUAGCCGGUCAUGAAUUGACUCACGGAUUUGAUGCAAGUGGUACGUACGUUUUCUUCCCCCUACAGUGUUCGCGCCUUUGGCGCUCCACUCCCCCCUCCCACUUUGUAAACCCUGGCUACGACACUGGAGCAUGUUACAAAUUGUUAACAGCUUUUUCCAAACCUGUUGACAACCUGGGACAAGCAGUGCGAACACAACUUGUUGACGACUUGUUAGCAAACUUGCUACAAGAUGUGAGAUUUUUGCUCCAAAUCACGUGGACAUGCAUGUCCAUUUAAAACAAAAUUGGCUCCUUCUCUAAACAGCUGAGUACUGCUCCAGUUGCAAACAUCCUGAAAACUAAGAACAAACUUCGAGCCGUUUCCAGCGAGGGCCUUACGUCUGGAAGUUAGUACUCGCUUCCUGACACAAACUUCAACCGAAACUGCAUCACACACGCAAGCCCACAAAUUGUCAAUUCUUUGCUGCUUACACAGGCAUCCAGUAGUUUACGGUUAUCGUAUUUUAAGGUCGUAGGUUUGACAAGGAUGGCAAUUUUCGUAAUUGGUGGACAAGAAAUUCAUCGCUUGAAUUUGAUAAAAAAAGCUUGUGUUUCGUGAAGCAAUAUGGCGAGUUUGAAAUGUUUGGAAAGAAGGUAUCAUUUUGACCAUAUAUUUACUUAUUAUUAGUGUCAUUAAUUACUAUAAAAAGUAAACGUUUUACAGCUAAUUCAACGAAGGUUGUCAUUUCAUAGGCCUGCUUCAAACGUAGUGCUUCUCGUGUGCCGAACGCAUUAGAAACAAUAGCCAAUGAGACAUUUCAGCUGAUUAUCUAUUGUUUUUAAUGCGUUCGGCACAUCAGAAGCGCGACGUUUGAAACAGGCCUUAGCCAUGCAUGAAACCUCAACCUCUUUCAAAACAAAAAUAUAUUCGCGCAAUUCCGCGCAAGCACAAGUAGACGGCCGAAAAAAAUUUGUGCAAGCUGAAAAUCUUCCCCCCCCCAUCACUUUUCUUAUGGUUCGCCCCUUAGACCUGGCUACCCAGUGUAAAUAAAUUGAGUUUUCUUGUCUCUAUCUUUCAUAGUUGAAUGGACAAUCAACACUCGGUGAAAAUACUGCGGAUAAUGGAGGCCUGAAAUUCGCUUAUGAGGUUAGACAUGAAUAUAGACAUAACAUUUUGCUAAUGCAAUUAGUUGGUUAUUCUAAACUCCCAACUACCGGCUUUAUAUGAUUUCUUUUUUAGGCUUACAAACGCUGGGUUGCAAGGAAUGGCGAAGAACAAAAUCUUCCUGGACUAGACUACACACCACAUCAACUAUUCUUUGUUGCAUAUGCACAGGUACGAACUUUAUAUUAGAUAUUAAAGAAAUUAUUGAUGUAGUUUAGAAAUUAUUGUUAUCUUCUAGUACAACUUAUUGCACAUUUCGAGACAUGCUUUCGCUCGCUUCUCGGUAUUUCCAGGGGUGGUCUAAAGUUCUUUUAUACUCGAGGACGAGGGAGACGGAAAAUUCUCCAUUCAAAGGAUUUUGGACAUAUUAUAUAAAUCGCACAUUCUUAAUUUUUCUAGGGAUGGUGUUCAAAGUAUACUCUUCAAGGUGCUUUGGACCAACUCGAUAACAAGCCAUGGCCACCAAUGAAUCUGAGGUAUAUUUGAACGUAUAGAUCGACAGUAUAUCAAUAUUAAUCAGUUAUAUGGUUAGGAUCUGAUUAGGACAAGGUUAUGUUUAGAGUUGAGGUGAGAGUGAGGAUUAGGGUUAGGUAAGGAAAAAGAUUAUAUACAACUCAUCUGACUUGUAAACAACACACAAAACUUAUUUCCUUCCAACCUAUUUCUUCCCAUUACUGAACAUGACUUGGUCACCGAAACAAUUCAUUUUUAACGCAUGCGUUUCAUGUUUCUCUAUUUAGGGUUGAGGGAGCAAUUAUGAAUUCCAAGGGAUUUGCAGAGGCAUUUCAGUGUCCUCGAGGGUCACGCAUGAACCCUGUGAAGAAAUGCAGUGUUUGGUAAUCUGUAGAUUUUAAGGUGGCUUGCCGACGUUUUGCAAAAGCUUUGAACUAGUAACAACUUAACUAUUUUGCCUUCAAAUUGUACAGCACCUUUUAAAUGGUGAAAAUUUUCCUCAUUCCAUUUAGUAUUACUAACGUUCGAUACGAAUUAAUUUGUAAAUUUAAGGUAGCGUUUAUAGCUAUAUGACAUUUUUGUACAAACCUACCACUGUAAGUAUGUGGGGAUCUACGAAUCACUUCAAAUCCUCUACCACAAAAAGAGGAAAUUACCCCUAAUUAAAAUGCACAUAGAAUCUUUGAUAAAAAACAUUGAUAUUGUAAACUACACAUUAUGCUCUCCAGAAUAGGGAAGUAAAUAAAGCAAUUCAUUGGAAAAUUUCCAGUAUGUGUGCAACCAUGCAUAUGCUCCAAUCUUGUCCUG